UCAUGAACCACCAACAAAUCCCUCUUGCCUUAAUUAAUUAAUCUCCCCCACCCAAAAAAAAAAAAAAAAAACUUUUCUUUUCUUCUUCUUCUUCUUCUCUCUGUUAAUAUAAAUGAAAUAAAAACCCAUUUCUCUUUCUUCCUCAUACUCAGCAUUCAUUCUUUACUUCUUCCUUUUAUAUCACAAGAUCCCCAUCUCUUUUCCCUUCUUUCUUUACAUGUCUUCUUCAUAUCCUUUCUUGAGUCUCAGUUCAUUAUACUGAAACACUUCACAUUAUAUUAAACAAAAAAAUGUCUGAUUUUGGAAGACCCAUGUUGGAAAUAAACGGUUUAACUGAUCGUUUACGAAACUCAUCAUUGACUUGCGUUGAAGAUAAAAAUGUACUCGAAAUUAACAAACCUGAUUUUCGGGAACUCGAUCUUGGUUCACCUGUUUCACCUUUACGAAAUGGGCCUACUACUAGUAGUAGUUCUAGUUCAUCUGGAUCGGUUUCGGGUCGGAAUAAUAAUAAUAACGGGUCUUCUCAUUUGGGUCCGAAAAAAUCCGAUUCAAGUCAUUCCGGUGAACUUUCCGGGUCAGUUGAAAGCUCACCUAAAGCGGCGCGUGUGUUUAAACCAGGCCACGCGCGGUCUUAUUCCAGUGGGGGUAGCUCAGUAAAUUCACCUCAGUUAAAUGCACUGCCCACCGGUAAUAUCUGCCCGUCGGGCAAGAUUUUGAAAACGGGCAUGGCUAGUAAGUCAACGAAGACUGAUGUUUUGGGUUCGGGUACGGGUUAUUACGGGCAUGGUAGUAUAAUGCGGGGAGGGUCGGGUCAGAAACAAGUCGGGUCGGGUGUUGGGGUUGAUUUGGGUGGGACCCACACGGUGAAUAAUAGUAGUGAUCCAGAGGAGUUGAAGAGAUUAGGUAAUGAGAGUUAUAAAAAGGGAUGUUUUUUAGAGGCUUUGAAUCUAUAUGAUAAAGCUAUAGGUAUUUGUAAGGGAAAUGCUGCUUAUCAUUGUAACCGGGCAGCGGCGUUGAUCGGUUUAAAGAGGUUAUCGGAGGCGAUGAGGGAAUGUGAAGAAGCGAUUAGGUUGGAUCCGUCGUAUGUAAGAGCACAUCAUCGAUUAGGAUCUUUGUUACUUAGUUUCGGACAGGUUGAGAAAGCCAGAGUUCAUAUUUGUUUCCAAGGGCAUCAGCCAGAUCAAGUUGAGUUGCAUAAGUUGCAAGCAGUGGAAAAACAUAUUGGCAAGUGCACUGAUGCACGUAGAGUCGGUGAUUGGACAAGCACGUUAAGAGAAGCCAAUGCAGCCAUUGCUUCUGGAGCAGAUGCAUCUCCUCAGAUAUUUGCAUGUAGAGCGGAAGCUCUUCUGAAGCUACAUCAAGUAGAGGAUGCAGAAUCGUGCCUAUCAAUUACUCGGAAGCAUGAACUAUCUACCAGAUCAUCCCAGCCAAAAAAUUUUGGGAUGCUUUCAGAGGCAUACGUGUUCUUUGUGCAAGCUCAGAUUGACCUGGCUCUAGGAAGGUUUGAAAAUGCAGUCAGUGCAGUCGAGAGAGCUGGACAGAUUGAGCCUCGAAAUACUGAAGUAUCAGUUUUUCUGAACAAUGUCAGGUUGGUCGGACGGGCUCGUGCUCGCGGCAAUGAACUAUUUAAAUCGGAAAGGUAUACUGAAGCAUGUGCUGCUUAUGGGGAAGGUCUCCGGCGUGAUUCUUCAAAUUCAGUUCUCUACUGCAAUCGAGCAGCUUGCUGGUAUAAACUUGGGCAGUGGGAAAGAUCCGUGGAUGACUGCAAUCGAGCUCUCAGUUUCCAGCCAAAUUACACUAAAGCCCUUCUUCGAAGGGCUGCCUCAAACACCAAGCUGGAAAGAUGGGCUGAAGCUGUUAGAGAUUAUGAGGUUUUGAAGAAAGAGCUUCCAUAUGAUAAUGAGGUUGCUGAGUCGUUAUUCCAUGCCCAAGUUGCAUUAAAGAAAUCACGUGGUGAAGACGUUCACAAUAUGAAAUUUGGUGGAGAGGUGGAAUUGGUUUCUGGUCUCGAGCAGUUCCGAGCUGCGAUUUCAUCACCUUGUGCAUCUGUGGUCCAUUUUAAAGCAGCAUCUAACCUACAAUGCAAGCAGAUAUCCCCUUUCUUAGACACUUUAAGCACCAAAUAUCCUUCCAUAAAUUUUCUCAAGGUGGAUGUGGAAGAGAGCCCAGCAAUUGCUAGUGCAGAGAACGUUAGAAUUGUACCGACAUUUAAGAUAUACAAAAGGGGAAGCCGCGUGAAGGAGAUGAUCUGCCCAAGUCAAGAGGUGUUAGAAUCGUCGGUGAGGCAUUACAGUGUUUAAGUGCAUUGAUUGCAACGUAAUCAUGGUUCUUAGCCUAUUGUCCCUGGCCAUUCCAGUCACCCGGAAUUCAUCGCCAUUACCUGUGACAAAAUUGAGCUACUACAAAUAAUUUCAUUAAGGAGCCAAUUCAGCUAAAAAGCCAGCAGCCUUAGGAGGGAUUUAGUUUAGUCUCCUUUUUUCCAUUUUAAUUUAUUCAUUCAUUCCUCAUUGCUGUCUUGGUUCCAACUUCUUCCCAUCUCCAUUAAUCUCUUCCAUUUUUUUCCUUUUCAAAUCAUUUUCUUUUUAAAACAUUAGGCUGUUCUUCCCUAGUAUAAACUUCUAUUGUGAGGAGAAAAUAGCGAACAUUGUAAAAUUGAUUUUUAUGGCCAUUUUAGCUGAACAUUUAGAGAGAAAAGAAGUGGCUGGCUGCUGGCAUUAGAUGAGGAUCUUAAACAUGUAUAUAUAUAAUCAUAUAUACAAAACCAUUGGAGGCCAAGGAGGGGGAAAUUGGAUAUUAUGGUGGGUAGUUAUGGGGUUAGUCAAAGAGAAGGAUGAAUAUGAUGAUGUUAUUGAUACUUAUGUUUCUUUGCUCAACCAUUCUAUCAAUAAAAUUUUCGUUUUUUUUAUU